UGCCGGAGCCCGGGCGGGCCCCCUCCUUCCCGGGUCGGCGUCGAUGCUGAGCGGGCCGGGGGCGCUGCCUGCCUCCCCCGCACCAUGGAUGGCUUCUACGACCAGCAGGUUCCCUUCAUGGGCCCCGGGAAGUCCUGUGCUGAGGAGGGCCGAGGCCGGCCAGGGUCCGAUAGGAAAAGGAAAUUUUUGGAGACCGACCUGGCCCACGACUCGGAAGAGCUCUUCCAGGAUCUCAGCCAGCUCCAAGAGGCCUGGCUAGCUGAAGCUCAGGUCCCCGAUGAUGAACAAUUCGUCCCAGAUUUCCAGUCUGACAAUUUGGUCCUGCACGCCCCACCUCCGGCAAAGAUCAAGCGGGAGCUGCACAGCCCUUCCUCGGAGCUGUCGUCCUGCAGCCACGAGCAGGCUCUCUGUGCCGGCUACGGGGACAAGUGCCUCUACAACUGCUGUGCCUAUGACAGGAAGCCCACCACCGGGUUCAAGCCAUUAACGCCGCCCGCCACGCCGGUGUCUCCUGCGCACCAGGGAUCAGCCCUGCCGCCGCCGCCGGCCCCGGCUGCGCAGGCAGCUGCCCAUGGGGCGGCCCCGGUCCCACACCCGCUGCAGGAGCAGAGGCAGCAGACCUUCGCCAUGCCGCGGCCGCCUCACCCACCUAUGCACAUGCCAAAGAUGAUGUCUGAAAACCAAUACCACGCAGAGCACAGGUUUCAGAGGCAGCUGUCUGAGCCCUGCCACCCCUUCCCACCGCAGCCCGGAGUCCCAGGGGACAGCCGCCCCGUCUACCACCGGCAGCUGUCGGAUCCCCUUGGCCCCACUGCCCCACACCCCCCUCAGGGAUUCAAGCAGGAGUACCACGACCCGCUCUAUGAGCAUGGUGGCCCAGGGCUGCCCGGCCCCCCCAGCCAUGGCUUCCAGCCCACCAUGGGCAUCAAGCAGGAGCCCCGGGACUACUGCAUCGACUCAGAAGUGCCUAACUGCCAGUCCUCGUACCUGCGGGGGGGCGUCUUCCCCAGCAGCCAUGACGGAUUUUCGUUUGAAAAGGACACACGAUUGUAUUUUGAUGACACAUGUGUGGUACCGGAGAGGCUGGAGGGUAAAGUGAAGCAGGAGCCCACCCUGUACCGUGAGGGCCCUCCCUACCAGCGGCGCGGGUCCCUGCAGCUCUGGCAGUUCCUGGUCACCCUCCUGGACGACCCCGCCAAUGCCCACUUCAUUGCCUGGACUGGCCGGGGCAUGGAGUUCAAGCUGAUCGAGCCCGAGGAGGUAGCGCGGCGCUGGGGCAUCCAGAAGAACCGGCCUGCCAUGAACUACGACAAGCUCAGCCGCUCCCUGCGCUACUACUAUGAGAAGGGCAUCAUGCAGAAGGUGGCCGGCGAGCGGUAUGUCUAUAAGUUCGUCUGCGACCCCGAUGCCCUCUUUUCCAUGGCCUACCCCGACAACCAGCGUCCCUUCCUGAAGACGGAGCCCGACUGCCCGGUGCCCGAGGAGGAGACGGUGCCGCUGACGCACUUCGAGGACAGCCCAGCGUACCUCCUGGAGAUGGAUCCCUGCGGCAGCCUUCCCUACGCGGAGGGCUUCGCUUACUGACUCGGCCAGCCAGCAGAGCCACGAGCACUAGCGCAUCCACUUUGGGCAAAUACGGUUUUGUAAAGAAUAUUUUUUGCUGUUCAU